AUGGCAACUUCGGACGCAUCAGCACAAGCUUGUUCGAAGCACCUGAUAUCAUGGUGUUCACUCUUUGGUACCCCGGAAACCGUGGUUUCCGACAGAGGGAGUCAAUUUUGCAGCAAGAUCUGGGAGUCAACAACGAAAAAUUUAAACAUUGGCCACAUUAAAACAACCGCUUACCAUCCACAGAGCAAUGGUCGGGUUGAGCGUGCCCACAGGAGCCUCAAAGAUUCUCUAAGGUCACGAUUGGAAGGCAGGACGAACUGGCUAUCGGAACUUCCGUGGGCGUUGUUGGGACUGCACAACUCGCCCAACACGGACUCCGGUAUCUCGCCAUCCGAGAUCGUCUUCGGGGAGAAAAUGCGUCAGCCAGGUCUACUGCAGGAACUACCAGCAACAUCUCUUUCGACCGACGUUUGGGCAGCGCAAUUAAGGGCAGCCGUGGCGGCUCAGUCAGCCAGGGCACCGUUGUGGCAUCUUGGGGCAAAGGAAAAGACGUUUAUUCCUCCGGCUCUAUUCGAAUGCAAACGAGUUCUACUCCGACAGGACAGGAAUGUGCCGAGCCUCAGACCGAAAUUCUUGGGCCCGUUCGACGUUGUUCAAAGGAACAACAAGACAUUCUCUAUCAAGACUAACAACGGUGUGGAGACGGUCUCCAUCGACAGGCUCAAGCCGUUCAGUGAAGAUCUCGACAGGGUUCAAACGUCAAGCGAUCAUCUGGAGGGGGCUAUGUAG